AUGUCUUCGCUUCCAUCCCCGGGGAACGGCCUGUUUCCUGAUGGUCCGCAAAUGCGCCUACCAUCUCUCUCGCAUCUCUAUCGACUAGAAUGCGACAUUGCCAAAGAAGAGAUCGAUAUCGGGGCUCCACAUGAUGCCGGUGUCAUUCGCAGCAUUGCCAAUAUCCUACGAGGCAGCGUGAAAGGCCCCGGGAUCGAGGGCUCUAUUUUGCCUCUUGGAGGAGCAGACUGGGCAACUGUGGUGAAAGGGACACAUUCUAUGACCCUUGAUGCCCGCUAUACUGUCCGAACUACCGAUAAUCAUCAUCUAUACAUCCGUGCCCACGGUCUCUACCGUCCUGGACCAGGUACAAGCUACGCAAAGCAGGUCGAUAGCGAUCCGAUGAUGAUGCCGCCACCGACAGUAUCACAGGACGAUGUGGAGUUCUUUUCGCAUCUUCGGAUCGAGGCGGGACCGGGUCCAUACAACUGGUUGAAUGGAUUGGUCUGUCUUGGCGUCAUGGUUUGCGAAGGAGAAAAGAUUUGGAUCGAUGCGUAUCAUCUCACGAAUUUUCCGGGUAUCAAGCCGGAAGAUGUAAGGGCAAAAGCAUAG